UCGGGGGAAUUGGUAGAAUAGGCCUAAAGCCGGCCCUGACAGUGCUCAGUGCAGUGAGUCCCAUGCUAGCUGGGGCUUCUAGUCAUUGCUAACAUGCAAAUAAUAAAUGCUGUCUUGCACUCAGAGUCACCAGCUGGGGAAUGCAAGUUGAGUGGUGGAGGGAUAACAAUGUUUGCAGCUAACCAAUCUGUGCAAUCUGGAUGCAAAUACUGUGACAGCUGCUUGAUUUGCUGCUCUCCUUGAUGGUGUCUCUGUUAGUCCCAAUGAUCUACUUCUUUAACUUCAUCCUCACCAGGAGCACCACUGGGCGUUCAGAGAGGACUGACCCCACAGAGGUUAAAUGAGAGGUGCUGCAGAGAGGAGAACAGAGAAUAACGAUACUGAGUUGUGGUUUCCAAGGUGAGGCAAGGAGAAUGGUACUGGAGUGUAGCAGCUCUGGGAUUGUGACACUGUAAAACUAUAGAGAUCUUGAACCAGCCUCCUGCAGCGAGACAGUCUCACAUCUAUUAAUAAGGUCUUAGUCUGCAUCAUGAAUUCAGAGGCACUGAACCGAUGGGGCUCCGUGUAUGACCAUCAUGUAGGCUGUCCCCAAUUCAUGAGCCUCAACAAGAUGCUACUUUCUCCCUGGUUGCUUCUGCCUGAGAAGCGUGGGAUACACGUCAUUUCUGCUGAGAAAAUCUCAACUCUAAAAUAAGAGCAAAGGACUUGCCAGAGUGGAUCGGAUCUCAAGUCCAGUAUCCCAUCUGGGACAGCAGCCUGCACUACAGAGCAAGAGCAAAAGGGGUCAAAAGGUUCCCUCUGUCACCCAGAGGUAGGACUCAGAAUACCCAGAAAUGGCCAAUCUGCUAAGGAGGACAGGCACUUCAGUGUAACCAAUCCAUUGAGCAGUGUGGUGUGUCGCUCAUUCUGGGAAAGAGGGUGUGAGUCUGUCUCAGCAGCAGCUGCAUGCAGGGGCUGGCUCUUUAGCUCAAGCUGUACAGACUCAUGCUUCUGGCCCUACAGCUUCUUGGCCCAGUGCCUAGUGUGCUGGCUUCACCAAUGACAUUCGGUUUCUAAUGCCACAGUGCACCCAGAUACUACAGUGAUGGGCUCUUAAGUAUGGGGAAUGAAUAACUAUACACCCCUCACUCCGUAAGUGAAUAAACACCUAAUAAGUAUGUGGAUUCAAACAACCGCAUAUUCCCUUGUCUUUCCAGACCCCUGGAGUGCAGAUGAUGGGCUCCUGGAGCACUCUUUUUCCUGCCACUCAGUUCACACAGCCUCAGACAAACAGCUCUGUUUGUGAGAUCCAAGAUGGCUUCCUUGCAGUGACCCUCCCUGUGAUGUAUUCCCUCAUCUUCAUCAUCAGCCUGCUCAGCAACAUGCUGGCCCUCUGGGUGUUCUGGUACCACACGCAGAGAAAGACCUCCAUCACAGUGUACAUGAGGAACCUGGCUUUGUCGGACCUCCUGCUCUCCCUCUGCUUACCCUUCCGGGUGGCCUAUCAAAACCACAGUGGCCCUUUGAUCCUCUGCACGGUAGUUGGUGCUUUCUUCUACCUCAACAUGUACGUCAGCAUCAUGUUCCUCAGCCUGAUCAGCCUGGACCGCUACCUGAAGAUCAUUCGGCCUCUCCAGCAGUUUAAAAUCCACACCUUGCCUUGCAGCACAGUAGCUGCAAGAGUGGUUUGGCUGGCCUAUGCCAUUUUCACGCUGCCUUUCUUUUUCGAGACUAGGGAAAAAAGGCCUUGUGCCAACAAGUGCUUCCACUUCAGGAGCAAACGCCCACUGGGGGCAGCCCUCAACAUGGUCGCUGUGGCCACCUUCUUCAUUGAUCUGCUGCUCUUCCUCUAUUUUUAUGGCAAGAUAUCUGCCAAGCUCCACGAAGUCUCCUCAGGGAAAGUUCAGCAGCAGAGCAGAAGGACAAGCAGCAGGGCCAUCACAAAGACCUUUGUGGUCCUAGUCAUCUUCACUGUGUGCUUUGCCCCCUAUCACUUUGUCCGCGUGCCAUACAUCCUGGCUCAGCUGGAUGUCAUCUCAAGCACACAGUGGAAGCAGGCUCUCCACAUCACCAAUGAGCUUGUUCUGUGCAUCUCGGCCCUCAACAGCUGCUUGGACCCUGUGAUUUUCUUUUUCUUGUCCAGCAACUUCAGGAAAGCAGUAUUAUGUACCAUCCAAGGCAAGCUGAAGAGAGCUCUUCUGAGGAAUCAGGGGGCUCUAAACCACAGUAAAUCCAUCACAGAACCAGGGAUGGAUUAAAGAAUUUUGAGGCCCUGUGCACUAGGAAGCUUGGCCUGCCCACAUCUUCCUUAAACUAGACAGAGCAUGUGAUCUGCAGUCUGUAAAUAGGAGAACAGGUCUCGUUACCAUUACUUAAAAUAAAAACAAAACACACACAAACCAACCCAACGUUUAGCUCAGCCAGUCCAGUGCAGUGAGCCACACAAACAUAGGGGCUUGCUCCUGAAGGGCUGAAGGUUUGGGGUCUUCCAGCUCUGAUUACUGAAGGAACUGCUCCAUCCCACCUGCGCCACAUUAACAGCCUGGAUGGGACCUUCUGGAGGACAGCGGGAAGCGGAAGAGAAGGGAAAGUCCAGGGGGCUGUGGUAGAGACGUCAGGGAAAACCCUGACCAGGAGGUGGAACUCCAGCCAGCUAAAGCCUGGGAGUGACUAGUGACUUGGUGCCCAUCUCCUGGAAGGAGGGCUCGGGACUUCCUACCCGAGGGGAGAGAGACAAUGCAUGGGGGUUGGGGACUGGAGACUUUGAAUUGGGCGCCAGCUCUGAGGACUCCCUACCAAGGGGGCAGGGGGAAGAGACUGAAUUGGCGUUGGCACCAGGAGGUAGUUUGCGCAAAGACUAAAUAAACUGGAUCCCAGAAGAGGAGUGUUUUAAUCACCUUUUGGACUAUGAUGGCGGAGUAACUGAACAACCAAGAAGGGACACAAAAGCAGGGUGCUGCUGAGUGGCCUCUGGCCACAAGGGGGCACUCCAGAGGUGGCGCCCCUGUUACAGUGGUUAUGGCACACCUCUCAGCGAUGGGGGUUGGAGGAGUUUAACUGCCAGGCCAGUGCCACAAAUACCACCUAUUCACAUUUGGCCCGGCUGGUCCCUGUCAUGCCAGAGGUUUGGGUGUUGUUGACUGGGGCUGGCAGAGGUAAGGUUUGGGUUGCUUGGUUUUUUUCCCCCAAGCCUGAGCACAUCAUAAGGUUGACCUAACCUCCAGGGCAGCCACAGCUAGGUCAAUGGAAGGUGAACUACAGCGAUGGAAAGGCACGUCUGUGAAUGCAGGAAGUGCUGAUUCCAUAGAGCCACAUUUAUGCUGCUACAGUGUAGACAGGGCCAGUGACUUACUAGGAAGACUGGAAAAGAAAUUAUAACUGUUUCAUCGCUUCUUACAUUGCAGCUCUCUAGGCUAGAACUGUUCAAGAGAGCAAAUGCAGGAGAGGACUAACUGAGUCCCCUUCAGCUGGGAGAAGAGUGCGGAAGAGAGCAAGGCUUCAGUUCUUGCAGAGUCUUGCUGUUUUCAUGAGCAUAUUCCUCAGAGCGCAGGACUAGUGGCAUUCGAGAGAGCACGCUGUCAUGGGCCUUUCCCCUCCUCAGUCUCCCCUGCUAUGAGGAUUCUGAGACGAGAAGAAGGAAAAGAUGUGACUUCUAGGCCACAAGAAUACUAGGCUACUGUGCAUCAGGGGGAAAUAGAUGAGUCAGUGAUCUGACUUGUAUAGACAUCACAUCCCGCUCAGAUGGAAAUCCAGCAAGAGCAGGAGGUGCAGCAGGAACUGAGUAACACUUGGGCAGUGGGUGAACACAUCCAAUAUACUGGGGGGGGGGGGGGGGGGAAGGAGUUGGGAAGAUUGGCAGGCCAGGGAACAGUGAAAAUGCUGUAAUCUGAAAUAAAGACAAGUUGAGCCUUCUCUCUCUGGUGCCAGUGUCUGUUACACCAGGUUAACCUCCCAUUUCUGUACAGCUCCUGCCAAGAACUAAGCAGGUGGCCACAAACAUCUCACAUUUUUAUUGUCAGUUGCAUGCACCGAUUCCAUUCCCUGCCAGUGUAUUCCUGGGGUUAGCAUUUGGCCAGCUGAAUAGGAAGCUCACAGCAUGGGCUUCUGAUCCUGUAAUAUGUUGCAACAGGGAAGACCUUGUAGUUUAAGUUCUCAAAACCAAGACAAUCACAGACUCUGAUGUCCCAUGCACUAUUUACAUUGACCUUUAAAGGUAACUUGCAAAGGAAAAGCAAAAUCAGCAAAAUUGUUGGCUUUUUUAUGAGAAGUAAGACAGGCGCAAGGUUCCCUCACCCUGCAAAAGAACAGGAUAUUAUUCUACCUUUUCUUUUUUUUUAAACUACAUUAGAAAUUCAGGUCUAGUCUGGUCUGUUUUUCUUAAAAGCCUCCACCACACUGCCUAACACUACUUUGGCCCACAGAGCCCCACUUCUCUUCUUCAGGUCAUAAGAGGGAGUGUGGUCUAGCAAUGAAAGCAGAGACUAGGAGUUCUGGGUUGUAUUUCUGGCUCUGCCACAGAUGUGCUACGUGACCUCGAGCAUAUCCCUUAGCCUGUGUGUUAGUUUCCCACAGAUAACAGUUGCUUACAGCAGGGGGUGGGUGGAGCUUAGCAUAUUAAUGCAGCACAACAAGGUAAGAAUUGCCACAUUGGGUUAUACCAACAGCCCAGGAUACUGAGUCCAGGACCAGGUUCACAGGGACAUGUUAGAAAUGCAGCACCCAGCCUGGAUUUUUGUGUCACUGUGGAAUGGACUUCUGCCUUGAUUGACAGUACUUGCUUGAAAACCCUUGUGAACACAGGGGUGGAAGGGCUGGGGUGUACCUGUUGCGGGUGUUGGGAUGGGUGGGACUACAACUGAAGAUCUGCUCCCUCAACCAAGGGGAGGAACUACUGAAUGAAUUCUGGGGACAACCAAGGGAAAACCAGGGUCAGAGGA